UCGAGAAAUCCAAUGAACAGACGGAAUAGGUAAAGAUUUGUAGUAUUUCUUAGAUCGAGAAAAAAACUGUAAUUAGACUUCUCUGCUAAGUUUCUGCUGUGUUUGGAUUCUCCGGCAAACAUUAGUAUCUAACCAUGACCGGCGGUGGAGGCGACGCCGCAUCGCCGCCGCUAUCCUCACAGUCAACGCCAUCCAACGGUGGGGAAUUCCUUCUUCAAUUGCUUCAGAAUCAUCCACAUCAACUUCACUCUCGGCCGCAACCGCUGCCGCCGCCGCUGCGGCCGGAGUUGCAGACUCUGCCGCAUGAUCCAGCAGUUGCAGCAGUAGGUCCUAGUAUGCCCUACCCGCCAUUGUUCCAUACUCCUACAAACCCUUCUGUUUUGCCCUAUUCUCACUCUCCUCCUCUGUUUGUACCUCAUAAUUUCUUCAUUCGAGGGUUUCUCCAAAACCCUAAUUCUAGCCAUACCAUUAACCCCAAUUUCUCAUCUCCGCCUGCCCCAACUGGGUUCAGUCAAUUUCAGCAUGCGAGUCCACUUGGAUUUGGAUCAGUCGGAGAAAACAUGGGCAAUUUGGGGAUUUUCGGUGCCAAUUCUAAGGCGAGUAAUUCAAAUAAUGAGUUUGAUCAUAAUCUGAUUUUUGGAUCUUUACGUAGAGAUAUUCAAGGUAAUGUGAGUAUGCUGAAUGACCGCUUCAGUGAUGAUUUAGCUUGUAAAGUUGGUAACUUUGAACAGAAAAACCAAGAAUCAAGUUUAGCGAAUGUUAGGAUGUUGAAUGGUGUGGAGGGUAAGCUUGAGAAUGUCAUUGGUUCAGGUCGGAAACAGUUGGGCAAUUUAAGGGGUCUUGAGCAACAGAAUAGAGGUGGAGGUGGAGGUGAGAGUGAGAGUAGUGGUUUGGGGCAGGGAAGACAGUUUCAUAGUGGGACUGUAAGAGGGGCUGUGCCACCACCAGGUUUUUCAAGCAAGCCAAGGAGCAGGGAUUUUGAGCAUAAUGUCGAUAAUGAGAAGAACAAUUUUGUUGAGUUGAACCAUAGGGGUAUUGGCUUGAAUCAUAAGUAUGAAAGGGAAAGUAAACAUCUUACCAGGAAUGGUAAGAAUUAUGCUAUCGGUUCAGAUGAUCAAAGGGUUUUUCGUCAGCUGGAUUCACCUGUCCCACCAGAAGGAAGUAAACUUCACUCUGUUUUGGCUUCUGAUGUUGAGGAUUCCACGUUGGAAUUACAUGGUGAGGAUGCUGAGAGUGGGGAAGAAACUGUCUCUGGGAUGAGGAAUGUUCUAGGUAGGAGUUCUGCUCAAGGCCAAAGCGAUCUGGAUGAAUUGGGAGAACAUGUUAUCAGUUCUCUUGGACUUGAGGAUGAACCAGAAGAAAGAAGUGAUAAAAAGAAACAUCAUGCCUCUCGUGAUAAGGACUACCGAUCAGACAAGAGAGGAGCAUAUAUACUUGGCCAGAGGAUGAGGAUGUUGAAAAGACAGAUUGCAUGUCGGAGUGACGUUAAUAGGAUGAAUGGUGCUUUCCUAGCAACAUUUGAGUCCUUAAUUCCUCCGGAGGAAGAAAGGACAAAGCAGAAUCAGUUAUUAGCACUGCUGGAUGGAAUUGUUAGCAAGGAAUGGCCUGAUGCUCGGCUCUAUGUUUAUGGAUCAUGUGCCAAUUCUUUUGGAUUCUCGAAAAGCGAUAUUGAUAUUUGCCUUGCAAUUGAGGAUGCAAAUAUUGACAAAUCAGAGGUAUUGUUGAAGUUGGCUGACAUGUUGCAGUCAGGCAAUCUCCAGAAUGUGCAGGCGCUUACACGUGCCAGGGUGCCGAUAGUCAAGCUUAUGGAUCCAGAAACUGGGAUAUCUUGCGAUAUAUGUGUGAAUAAUGUUUUGGCUGUUGUUAACACGAAGCUGCUUCGAGAUUAUGCACAAAUAGAUGUACGAUUAAGACAGUUGGCAUUUAUUGUUAAACACUGGGCUAAGUCUAGAGGGGUGAACGAAACUUACCAGGGGACAUUAUCUAGCUAUGCGUAUGUGUUAAUGUGCAUUCACUUUCUACAGCAGCGAAGACCUGCCAUCCUUCCAUGUCUACAGGGUAUGGAAGCAACCUACUCUGUUACUGUUGGCAACAUUGAAUGUGCUUACUUUGAUAAAGUGGAAAAGCUUUAUGGUUUUGGAUCUCACAAUGGUGAAAGUCUUGCUCGGUUGGUGUGGGCAUUCUUCAGCUACUGGGCAUAUUAUCAUGAUUAUGCAAAUGAUGUUAUUUCCGUUCGUUCAGGAAGUACAGUGAGCAAGCGAGCCAAAGACUGGACUAGGAGGAUUGGGAAUGACAGGCAUCUGAUAUGCAUAGAGGAUCCAUUUGAGGUUUCUCAUGAUCUUGGUCGGGUGGUAGACAAGUUCAGCAUAAGAGUAUUGAGGGAAGAAUUCGAACGAGCUGCUGAAAUAAUACAGUAUGACCCGAACCCGUGUGUGAAACUCUUUGAACCCUAUAUACCUAGCUGAUUUGGCCUUUUGUUCAAGAAAAACAACCAAUAAUUAUAGGAAUGUCCGUCGUGCUGUAAAUUUGUUAUAUGUCCCUUCUGGUUUUGGCUUUCACCUCUUAAGUGUAUUUAGGCGCUUUUGAUCUUCAUCUAGCAUCUAGGUGUUUUUGAUGUAAAGAACUAUCUCCUUGAAUUCUAUGGUUUGUAUUCUAUUUAUUUUGCAUAUUGUUAA